UCAUCAUCGUCUGAUAGAAUUCAGGGAAACAUGUCUGGAAGAGGCAAAGGCGGGAAAGGGCUCGGGAAAGGAGGCGCGAAGCGUCACCGUAAAGUUCUGCGCGAUAACAUCCAGGGAAUCACCAAACCCGCCAUUCGUCGUCUGGCUCGCCGCGGCGCCGUCAAGCGCAUCUCCGGGCUGAUCUACGAGGAGACCCGCGGUGUGUUGAAGGUGUUUCUGGAGAACGUUAUCCGCGAUGCCGUCACCUACACCGAGCACGCCAAGAGAAAGACCGUCACCGCCAUGGAUGUUGUGUACGCGCUGAAGCGACAGGGACGAACCUUGUACGGCUUCGGAGGAUAAACACCU